CAGCAUGAACAAGUGGAAGUUCUUCGCCUUUGUAGUACUCGAACUCCAAUUUUCAUUGGCCAUGAGGGCCUUCCACGGACCCUGUCCCGAUAAUAUGACUGCAGUUGGAGACUUGGAUAUGAAUCGAUUUGAAGGAAAGUGGUACACACACUCCAUUUAUCCUCCUCUCUCAUUGCGAGUGCCAAAAUGUCAGUCGACGGAAUUCGUAGAGGACGCCGCGGAUAAAUAUCAUGUGACUGCCCGUGAACUGAACUCUCAAACCGGCACAAUAAAGGUAAGAAAUGCGGAAAUAAUAAAAAUAGAGGAAAAUAUGGGAAGGUAUAUUUUGGGCACAAGAAAUACAGCAUUUCCUGAGGGGGUUCAAAUUUAUGUACUGGAUACGGACUAUGUUAACUUUGCCAUACGCUUUAUGUGCUUCGAUGCCAGCAACAUUUUUAGCUUUCAUUGGGCCGUCAUCCAGACCCGAAAACGACUACCUCCUUCGGAAAUAGUUUAUAUGGCCCAGCACUUUGGUCAAAAGGCUGGUCUGGUUAUAAGUGACAUGAGUAAAGUGCCCCAGGAGUCGUGUCCUGCAGAUACCUAAAUUGGAUUUAUUUGUGUUGAUAUGUA